CCAUCAUCCCGCAGGCAGCUUGCGCUCCCUCCCACAUCAUCCCUCAGCCCCCCACCCGGCCCGUCAGAUUUGGCGCCCAGCUGACAUUCGCCCCUUUCGUGUACCUAACCCCACUCCAGCAAUCCCCAAACCCACAACAGUCCGCCCCACAUCCUCUGAGGCCGCCGGCCGAGAGCUGAGGGCGCCUUUUGCACUGGUGCGGCGAGCGCGGGGUGCAGAGAUCCCUGUAGCGCUGGGCUUGGGGCUCCCCGAAACGCCGGGCCGACUGCUCCGGAGGAGCGCUAACCGCGGUGGGGCUGGUUUCCGAGGUGCUGAGCCGGGUUCGCGAUGAUAAAGAUGUCUUUCUCCUUUUAACCGUCGCAACAGAUAACUAGACACUAUUGACCAGAAAUAAAAAAGCCUUUGGAGGCCAUGUCGUCUUCGCGAGCACCUUCUUAGAACCAACCCUUUUCUGUGUUUUGGGAUCGCAAAUGUAUUGUUUUCACAUGCAGAGCUACUACCGUGACUGUUUCCAUGAGCUUGAAGGAACUUUUGCACUUUGAAUGCUCAAAUUUCCACUUGCAUUAGUUUAACAAAACUGAAUUCUGCUUUUUAAUUGAUGCCUUUUUAAAAUACUAAAUUAUUCACUUCUUUUGCCUAGGUCUCUUUAUUGGCUAGUUAAAACAAAAAAUAAAUAUGGCCAUCUACAGUUAUAAUUCAUUCUUAGCUAUGUUGUGGACAAGAUUGCCCAGCCAUUUUGUCUAUCCUUCCUGCUCCCAUUCCCUAUCACUUGCGUUUCUCCACUUGCCAGAUUCUCAUUUUCGGACGACCUAUGGAAGCAGGAAGUACUCCUGUCCCAGUCUACCAAGCACUCAAGUCCACCCUUUACGAGCUAGACUCACACAAAAACUACACACAACGUGCUGGCUACAGAAUAUCCCUGGUAAACCUCAGCCGGAGCAAACCCCAGUAAAACCUAAGCCAGCGAGUCCUCAGCCUCCCAGAGAAGUAGAGACAGAGACUGCAGAAGAAAGGCAAAAAAUUUUGUCCUUUAGACAAAAUAUCAUGCACGAACUCAAAUAUUAUUACAAUGGAUUCUACUUACUUUGGAUCGACACCAAAGUUGCUGCCAGAAUAGUUUGGAGGCUACUGCAUGGACAGGCGCUAUCGAGACGAGAGAGGCGAAGGCUUUUGAGAACUUGCGCUGAUGUCUUCCGCUUGGUUCCAUUUAUGGUGUUCAUAAUUGUACCUUUUAUGGAAUUCUUGAUACCAGUGUUUCUGAAGCUCUUCCCAGACAUGUUGCCAUCAACUUUUGAAAGUGAAUCCAAAAAGGAAGAAAAACAAAGAAAAAAGAUGGCCGCAAAAUUGGAAAUAGCAAAAUUCCUUCAAGAGACAAUGACAGAAAUGGCGAAGAGAAACCGAGCCAAGUUGGGAGACGCCUCUUCCCAGCUUUUCUCCUAUGUAAAACAGGUCCAGACAGGCCACAAGCCCAGCACUAAGGAGAUAGUUCGCUUCUCUAAACUCUUCGAGGACCAGUUAGCCCUGGAACACUUGGAUCGACCCCAGCUGGUUGCCCUGUGUAAGCUGCUGGAGCUGCAGGCCUUUGGAACGAACAAUUUGCUCCGCUUCCAGCUCCUGAUGACACUGAAGUCUAUAAAAGCAGAUGACGAAAUAAUCGCCACAGAAGGGGUGAAGGCUCUGAGUGUGUCAGAGCUCCAGUCCGCCUGCCGGGCCCGAGGGAUGCGAUCACUGGGCCUCACGGAGGAGCAACUGCGGCAGCAACUCACAGAGUGGCUGGACCUCCACCUGAAGGAGAACGUCCCCCCUUCUCUUUUGCUCCUGUCACGUACCUUCUACCUGAUAGAUGUGAAACCAAAGCCUAUUGAACUGCCACCAGAUAUAGAGGCCCCAAAGUCAAACCUUGUCGUGACGUCAUCUACUUCCCCUGAGUCACAAGAGAAUGUUGUAGAUCCUGCGCCUCAACUAAAGGGAACUAAGGAUGAAGAAUUUGCACAACGGCCCCCAGAAGCAUCCCCACACAUAACAUCAGCAGCCAUUUCCAAAGAAGCAAUCCUCCAGGCCAAAGCCCAGAAGACCUCACAGAACUGCAAGGCUGAUUCAAAAGGAGCCUAAGGACCCCUUGGAGCUGGGACUCACUCUCUCCAGCCACUGUUCCCUCAGCAGUGACAUCCAUGAAGGAAUUCUAGCUAAGCCUGUCUGGCGUGAGAUAAAGGAUCAGCCAUUAAGUCGUUGGAGGCCCCGUGACCAUUCCAGAUGUGCGAGCAGUGACACGAGGCCAUUGAGAGACGCUUUUUCUGUUGUGCAAUUGUCAGCCUACCAGACUUUGCAUAAAGCCCACUCCCACAUGUUUCUGAAUGGCUUCCUGUUUGCGUGCACUGGGAGGGGGGCAGUGCUAGGGAGUAACUCAGGGCCCUGUGGUUUCUAGGUAACCACUCACUGGACUGUAUCCCUUGCCCUGCCCUUUUCCUUUUUAGCCCCCCCCCCCCCAUUUCCCAAGUAACUGGAUUACAGCCCAGUUGGUUCAGACCUUUUAAGAGGAAAUGUAUUCCAUAAUGGAGCUUGGCAACUUGGAUUCCUCUGCCUCCUGGGGGUGGAAUCCCUAGUCAGAA